AUGUUCUCGAUCAACAAGGUUGCCUUUGUGGCUGUUGGUGCUCUGGCUGCCGUUGCCGCCGCUCAGGAGAGGAACACUACCGACAUCGGCUCCUUCCCCGAAUGCGCUCAAUGGUGUAUCGAAGACAUGCAGAAGCCGGAGAAGGCCUCUGAGCUGGGCUGCAGUGAGGGUGACGACGCCUGCUUGUGCCGCAACGCCAACUUUUCAUACGGCGUUCGGGACUGCUCGGCCCAGUACUGCAAUGAUAGGACCACCGGCCUAGAAGCCAUCCAGUACGUCUUCAACUGGUGUGACAAGGAGGGUGUUCAAUUGUCCAGUGUCGUCUCAGCUGGUGCCACCAACGCUACCGGAAUCACAACCCCUACCGGCGUUGCUGGAGGUGCUGGUAGUGCCAGUGCCAGUGCCAGUGCCAGCCCCGUCACCACUGCCGAGUACACCUCGACCCUGACCACUGACGGCUCCACCAUUACCACCACUGGUACCUCCACUGGAUUUACCACUGUCACCCCCAGCGCUACCGCCUCGAACGUUGUCAGCACCAUCACUUCUGACGGCUCGACUUUUGUGUCUACCAUUGCCGCGUCCGCCUCAGACCUUGUCAGCACCAUCACCUCGGAUGGCUCGACCUUUGUGUCUACCAUCGCUGCGUCUGCCUCGAACGCUGUCAGCACCAUCGUUUCAGACGGCUCGACCUUCGUGUCGACCCUGACUGACGCCGCCGGAUCUGUCACCUCGAGGGCUGGUGAUGUCGCUUCCAGCGCCACCGACGCUGCUCAGGGCACCACCACCGCUCAGGCCGAGGGUUUCGCCGCUCAGAUCACUGCCGCUCCCGCUGGUAUCCUGGCUGUGGCUGGUGUCGCUGCCUUCCUUCUCUAA